AUCGUGAUGGGAAUCGAAGGGUAUAAAUAAUUUUUGCAAUAAAACGGAAACGAAUCCUUUUGUGUUUCUACUUUACCAGCAUCCAAUGCGUCGUUAAGCCAUCUGUAAUUGUCGAGUAUACAUUCCGUUCCAUGACCCAUAUGAUGGAUCGUGAGGAUUGAAUCGAUGUCCCAUGUCCAUCGCUCGCCCAGUGCCGGCACAGGUAUACAGCGGUGACGAGCGAAGGCAGUCCUGCACACCUGUCUCACUUUAUACACGUGUGCUUCUAUAAGUCUGAAUCGACGCAGUAAUGAGUGGAGAUAAUGUCUUCAUUCUAUGGACUAUAACAUUGAAGUCAACAUUGGUUCAUCAAAAUAAUUAUUUAGUUUAUUGAAAAAAAAUUAAUUAUAAAAAUGUAUUCAUAAACUCAUUGAGAUUUUAUUUAACCGACUCAAGUUUCACGCGUAUACUAGGCAGUACUCGUGACGACGCCGCGGCGUGAACGACAAAGAAGAUCUGCACUCAAAAUGGCUGAAAGUCUCGAUCUCACCUAUCUCUCGAUCUCACCUAAAAUCGAACGCCGCGGACGAGCAGAAGAACUGUGGAUGAUUAAGGAAAACGUCAAUAAUUGGCAGGAUCUUGUCGCCGAAAUUUUGUCCGCAGUCAACAAAUGGCCGGACAAUGAUCUUCCCGAUCUCCGAGACGUAUUUUUCUGGCACCAGAUCGAUCAUCUCCUCCUGAAUGCCGUAAUGUAUAGAUACGAGGGCAGAAGCUAUUUUCAAGCGGAACAAUUCAUCGACUUCGUGAUCAAGACCGGCUACAGGGACCAGCCUCAUGACGAUGUGCAUCGAGAGGCCGACGACAGAGCACCGUCGCUGCAGCCUCGGCGCACCACACCGAUACAUCACGCGGCUCGACACAAGCACGCCGACGAUCUCGUCGGCAAGCUUUUUACGAUAUACGACUCCGUCAACGUGAAUUACAUCGACAAGAUCGGAUUCUCGCAUUUUCACGCGGCCUGCAUGUUUGGCAUCGACGACGUCGUCGAAAGAUUCAUCGCAUCCCGCCGGACGAAUCCCGAUCUCCUCGCACAGAAUACGCUCGAUUCGUCGCUACACUUGGCCCUGAUCUAUCGUCGUGGCAGGAUCGUCGAGAAGCUGCUGAGAGCCGGCGCCAAUCCCGAUCGGAGCAACCAGGCUGGAUUCACACCUCUGCACUUUAUCUCAUGCGUCAAGGGCGAAGCCUUCGGACUGAUUGAGCUAUUUUUCAGGACCCUCGACGAACUGCCGGGUCGCGAGGUGCAAAUCGACGCACAGGACGUUAACGGCAACACGCCGUUGCACAUGGCUGCGAACAAUGGCUACAGAAAUCUCGUCCGAUUUCUGCUGAGGCGAGGCGCGAAUCCGAACACGACCAACGCGGAGGGAUGGACGGUGCUGCACGUGAUUUGCACGGCGAGCCGCGCCCACAACUUGACGAAGGAAUUCUUCGAGGUUUGCGACGCGAUGCAACUCAGGGUGCCGAACGCAAUCACCAAGGUGCAGAUCGACGCCCGGGACAAGAACGGCAACACGCCGCUGAUCUUGGCCGCGUGCCACUCGACCGAGGAGGCGCUCAGGUUGCUGCUGCUACGAGGCGCCGACCCGAAUCUGGCCAACAAGGCUGGAUCGACGCCGCUGCACGCCAUUUGUCAAACCAAGUACGAUAGCAACUCGCUGCAGCUUUUCUUCCGGAUCAAUCGAGAAAGAAAUCAGGUGAUUCGGGUCGAUGCCCGGGACGAGUCUGGCUGGACACCGCUGCAGUGGGCCUUGGCGAGGCAAUUGCCGGAUGUCGUCGAGGCACUGUUGGAUAAUGGCGCCGAUCUGUCCAGAUUUGUCUUCCCACCUGAUCUCUUCGACAGGAGCACCGUAAUGAUGGAUAACGCCAAGAUCCAGCACAAAUUGGUGCAGGCGUCCGGCGUUUUGGGUGCCGUCCAAAGUCUCGUGGAAAGAGGAUACGAGAUGAGCGAAAGCGACGCCCAGCGCAUCAUGAAAUUUUUCGUCAAGAACGACUUGUUCGAGAAUCCGGACAGAUCUUGGAUCGACACAGAGGAGUUCUUCCUCGAAGCCCCAAAGGUGUAUGUAGGGCGCCUGUGGCUCUACAAUCUGAUACGCUUUACAUCGGCCAGUAAGGCGUAUAAUCUAGUCAGGUACACGGACUACUGGAAAUUCGCGAAGGGCGAUUGGUGGAACGUGAGUUGCCGCGACGAGGCCACGAUUCGGCGUUGCACCAUGCAUCUGUGCGAGAAGCUAUCGAGAACGUUUUUGCUGACCUGGACCCGAGAACCUUUCGCGCGGAUGACGCGUCGCUACGCGCUGCCGGAACGGAUCCGUGAAUUUAUACUCGAAAGGCUGGAGAAUAAAGAUUUAUGUAUUAUUGCCUUGUCGGCUGCAGGUCAAAACUCGUGAUGACGAUCAGCAUAUAUAAUUUGUUUUUUUCAUAUGUGAUUCUCUCUCUUGAAGGCCUCAAAAAUGAAUAAUUUGUGCGAGCUAUAUUUUACGAUUGAAAAGUGUGUCGCGAUUUAAACUUCUCCUAACAAUAAAAAUAACCAUGCUCAUGGACACGAGAAAGGUCGGGAUUCACAGUAUCCUAAUUCAGCACGUAAUUCUGUGGAAUUGUACACUUUCCAUUGUGAUGGGAAUCGAAGGGUAUAAAUAAUUUUUUCAAUAAAACGGAAACGAAUCCAUUUGUGUUUGUACUUUACCAAUGCGUCAUUAAGCCACCCGUAAUUGUCGAGUAUAUAUUCUGUACCAUGACCGAGCCAUGUUCACAUUUCGGAAUGAUAAAUAUCUUGAGGUUCUAUGCGAUCGAUCGCAUUAGGCGUUUAUAAAAUACCUAUGCGAAAUAAUUAUCACAAGAUUUUUCGACGAUGAGCGUUGAAGUAUAGUUCUUAAAUAAAAACCUGCGUGUCGAAAAUUUUACGGCGCAGCACCGCCAAGAAAUAAUUGACAAAUUGAAUUUAUGGCGUCAGUGGAAGAAGGCACAUCGUGUUUGAUCGCUGCAAAACAUACGGAGGGUGUAAAACAAGCAUAUGAUAGAAAUUUAUGUUUACUGAACCGUGUGCCAUAUGAAAGAACACACGAUAAUGACAAUGAAUGAACUUUAAUUUGAAUAUGUGCUUAAAAUGUAGAUGGCCAAUGCUUUAAAUUUAGAGUCUAGCUUAUCUAAGCUCAAAACUUUCAAUGUGCCAAUUGACAGACAUUUAUAA